GACCAGUUCUAUAGGGAGGCCAUCGAGCACUGUCGCAGCUACAAUGCCCGUCUGUGUGCUGAGCGCAGUGUGCGCAUGCCCUUCCUGGACUCGCAAACAGGUGUGGCACAGAACAACUGCUACAUCUGGAUGGAAAAGCGACACCGCCAGCCAGGCCAGGCGGCAGGACAGAUGUAUACCUACCCUGCUCGUUGCUGGAGAAAAAAGAGGCGGCUCCACCCUCCCCUUGAUCCGCAGCUCCGCCUGUGUGAGCUUCGAUUAGAAGCAGAGUUGGCCCCGAAGCGUGAGGUUCCCCCAGGGGAGGCCACAGCUUUAGAGGCCCUCCUGAGGGGGGAGAACGUACUGGAGAAAAAAAACAACAUCAAUAAAGAAGAAGAGACCUUGCUGGAAAUACAGAGAGUUCUGGAGGCAGAUGAAAACGGGGAUGGUUUCCAUGAUGACGAAGACUUCGAACUGGAAACUCCCAAGAGAAAGAACAGAAACAGAGGCAAAAACAGAGGAUCCAGUCGGAGGAGGACAGAACCUGUUAACACCGAUGACCAGGACAAACCUUACGUCUGUGACAAUAGAUACAAACAAAAGCAUAACUCAAAAAAGGCUGAAGAAGUCUGUGGAAAACGCUACAAGAACCGACCUGGCCUGAGCUACCAUUACACCCACACUCACCUGGCAGAGGAGGAGGGAGAGGAAGAAAAGGAAACAGAGAUGACCCCGUCUCCUCCACAGAGCUCCGAUAACCACAAACCUCAGAAGGGUCCAGAUGGUUCCAUCAUUCCCAACGACUACUGUGAUUUCUGCCUUGGAGACCAGGUCUCCAACAGGAAAACAGGGCAGGCUGAGGAGCUGGUGUCCUGCUCUGACUGUGGACGCUCUGGUCACCCCACAUGCCUGCAGUUCACUGAUAACAUGAUGCAGGCAGUGAGGACAUACCAGUGGCAGUGCAUCGAGUGCAAGUCUUGCAGCAUCUGUGGCACCUCAGAGAACGAUGACCAGCUGCUGUUCUGUGAUGACUGUGACAGAGGAUACCACAUGUACUGCCUGAAGCCUCCAAUGACCCAGCCUCCUGAAGGGAGCUGGAGCUGUCACUUGUGUCUGGACCUGUUAAAGGACAAAGCCUCGGCUUAUGGAGAAGUGUAACGCCCUGAACAUUCCUCUCAGCACACACAGUAUAUAUAUUUGUACAUAUACAUAUGACUGUUUGACAUGCCCACACACAUCAACCUUUCUCUCAGAUAGAAUCCAACACACCAAG